GCCUUCGGAGCCGCCAUGUCGAAGCUCAUCCUCGCGCUGAUGUGCGGCACGGCCGCGGCCUUCGCGCCGUCGGCCCCCGCGCCGAAGGCGACGACGAAGCUGGAGGCGAAGAAGGUCCUGUUCGGCGACGCGAGCCGCGCGCAGCUCGUGGCGGGCAUCAACGCCGUCGCCGACGCCGUCAAGGUGACGCUGGGCCCCAAGGGCCGCAACGUCGUCCUCGAGCGGGCCUACGGCGCGCCCGAGAUCGUCAACGACGGCGUGACCAUCGCGCGCGACAUCGAGCUCGACGACCCCGCGAUGAAUAUCGGCGCGAAAUUAAUCCAGGAGGUCGCGUCCAAGUCCGACUCCAAGGCCGGCGACGGCACGACGACGUCGACGCUCCUCACGCAGGAGCUCGUGAACCAGGGCAUGAAGGCCGUGUCGAGCGGCGUGAACCCCGUCGCGCUCCGCCGCGGCAUGUCCAAGGCGACGGACGCUUUGAUCGUCGAGGUCACGGCGCUCGCCAAGCCCGUCGACUCCAACGACGAGCUCCUCAACAUCGCCACCGUCGCCACGUCGGGCAACGCCGUCAUGGGCGCCAUCAUCGCCAAGGCCUUCGAGAAGGUCGGCGACACGGGGUCCACGACGAUGGAGGAGUCGCAGACCCUCACGGACGAGGUCGAGUUCACGGAGGGCCUCACGAUCGACCGGGGCUACGUGAGCCCCUACUUCGUCAACGACCAGGAGCGCCAGCUCUGCGAGAUGCUCGACCCCAAAAUCCUCGUCACGGACCAGAAGAUCGAGAACGUCAACGACCUCAUCCCGCUCCUCGAGGCCUGCGUGAAGACGAAGGAGCGCCUCGUCAUCAUCGCCGAGGACGUCGUCGGCGAGGCUUUGAGCGCCCUCGUCGUCAACAAGAUGCGCGGCGUCCUCGACGUCGUCGCCAUCAAGGCGCCGGGCUUCGGCACGCGGCGCAAGGACCUGCUCCAGGACAUCGCCAUCGCCACGGGCGCGACCUACGUCGCCCAGGAGGUCGGCGUCGCCCUCGACACGGUCACGCCCGAGAUGCUCGGCACCUGCGAGCGCAUCGUCGUCGGCAAGGAGGAGACGACGAUCAUCACCGACGGCAAGCAGGCGGACGCCAUGGAGAAGCGCAUCGCGCAGAUCAAGCUCGAGGCCGAGAACACGGACUCCAUGUUCGACAAGGAGAAGGCCGAGGAGCGCGUCGCGGCGCUCGGCGGCGGCAUCGCGCGCAUCAAGGUCGGCGCCGCGACGGAGACGGAGCUCAAGGACAAGAAGCUCCGCUACGAGGACGCGCUCAACGCCGUCAAGUCGGCGCUCAAGAUGGGCAUCCUCCCCGGCGGCGGCUCGACCCUGUCCUACCUCCUCCGCAAGCGCGACGCCAUCGCGGGCGCCAUGGACGACGAGGACGAGCGCCGCGGCGCGGAUAUCGUCUUCAACUCGCUGGCCGCGCCCGUGUGCCAGAUCGCCAAGAACGCGGGGCUGGAGGGCCAGGUCGUGCUCAGCAAGGUCGAGGGCAAGCCCUUCGGCUUCGGCUACAACGCGGCGACGGGCGAGUACUGCGACCUCUUCGAGGCCGGCGUCGUCGACUCCGCGCAGGUGACGCUGUCCGCGCUGGAGAACAGCGCGUCCAUCGCGGGCCUCGUGCUCACGACGGAGGCCCUCAUCCACGAGAUCCCCGUGGAGAUGUCCGAGAUGGACAAGCUCGCCGCCAUGGACGGCGCCGCCGGCAUGGGCGGCAUGGACCUGCGGUCGGCGCGCGUGGGCCCCCUCGUGCUCGCCGAGGAGGAGGCGGCGUCGCCGGCGGUCGCGGCGGCCGUGCCCGAGGACGUGGUCCUCGACGCCAUCGCGGCGCUGGAGCGGUCGCUCCAGGCGCAGGUGGGCCUGCUCGGGCGGCUCCUGAGCCACAGCCGGCCGUCGACGCUCGCGGCGGCGGCGGCGCCGCUCGAGAACAUCAGCCGGGCCGUCGGCGAGCGGCUCGCGGCCUUCAACCACGGCGACUUCAGCGAGAAGUGGGUCGACGCGGCGCCGGCGAGCAGCGUUCCGGGCGGCGCGCCGGCCUGGUCGCCGGGCGCGCUGAGCCCCUCCGGCGACGGCGAGUACGCCGCGGGCGCGGCGGCCGCGGGCGUGCUGCUGGAGACGCCGGGCCCCGACGGCCGCGCGCGGCCCAAGGCGACGCCGCGCAAGUCCAUCGCCUUCCUGAAGCGCACCAUGUCGCGGCUGCGGCGGUCCGUCAAGGAGUUGCCCGAUAAUACGGCCGUCGCGCUCGGCAUCAAGCGGGACCGCGUCCGCGACCUCGUGCAGGAGGCCAUGCUCCGGUCGACGAACGGCAAGUGCUCCUGGGCCUUUGGGAUCUGGUCCCGGGCCUACCUGCGGGAGCGCUACGAGGAGCGGCGCGCGGAGAAGGGCUGGGUCGCCAUCGCGCUCGAGGGCGGCGGCCUGCCGUGGUCCCAGGUCGACCCGGACGCGGCGCCGUCCAAGGGGACGCGCGCCGUCUACAUGAUCUCGUCGAACUCGGCCUUCUCCAUCGCCUGGACGCUGCUCAACGCCGUGUUCCUGCUCUACAUCCUGCUGAUGAUCCCCCUGGAGGCGUCGUUCCUCCCGAGGCAGACGCGCGGCUCCGCGCUCUGGGGCAUCGACCGCUUCCUCGACGCGGCGUUCAUCUACGACAUCACGGUGAACUUCCGCACGGGCUACUACGCGUCCAUGACCGACGACGCGCCGGAGGUGCUCGACCUGCGCAAGUGUGCGAACCGCUACCUCCGGAGCUGGUUCCUCCUCGACUUCGUGUCGUCGAUGCCGCCGGUCAUCGAGGCCAUCAUGUCCGUCGCGACCAAGGGGUCGUCGAACUCGGUCAACGCGCUGCGGGCGCUCAAGGUGCUGAAGAUCGGCCGCGUCUUCCGCGUCUUCAAGGUCGUCCGCGUGUCGUCCGUGCUCCAGGGCGACUCCGCGGCGGCCGAGGCCGUCGAGAACUUCUUCAUCUCGUCGGCGUCCCAGUUCGUCGGCAACGCCUUCUCCAUCCUGGUCACGGCCGUGCUCAUCGCCCACCUCCUCGCCUGCGGCAUGGGGCUCUCCGGCGACGGGUGGUUCAAGACGUACGAGUGCGCGGACGACGACGGCGCCGCGGGCGACGACUGCUUCAUGGAGAAGUCCUGGAAGAAGCGCUACCUCAUGGCCUUCUACUGGUCCAUCACGACCAUGUCGAGCGUGGGCUACGGCGACGUGACGCCCGCGUCCGACGGCGAGCGCGCGUACAACGUUCUCGCGAUGGUCUUCGGCGUCGCGUUCUACUCGGGGCAGGACAAGGGUGAUUCAACGUUCUACUCCUACAUCAUCGGCGUCAUCUCGUCGUUGGUGCUCCAGAAGGACGCGAAGAACGCCAAGUACUUCGAGAAGAUGGAGUCCGUGUCGAACUGGAUCACGCACCACAAUCUGGACAUCAAGAUGCGGCGCCGCAUCCGCACGGCGCUGCGGACGUACUACGAGUCCAAGUCGGCCAUCGACGAGCGCGAGAUCCUGGCGAACCUGAGCCCGGGCCUCCAGCAGGAGCUCUCGUCGACGCUGCUGAGCGGCGCGGUCUACUCCCACCCGCUCUUCGCGAAGCUGCCCCAGGGCGCCGUCUGGAAGAUCGUCAUCAUCCUGCAGCGCGACGCGACGCGCGCGGGCGCGUCCGUCAUCGCGAGCGGCAUGCCCACGUCGUCGCUCUACUUCCUCAACGACGGCUACUGCGACCUCGAGUGCUGGGAGAUCUCCGGGGCCACGGGCACGCCGGAGAAGAAGCGCUUCAUCAUCAACGAGGGGUCGUCCUUCGGCGAGUACGCCGUCCUCGGCCUCUACCCGACGUCCAUGGUCACCGUGACGACGCGGACGGCCUGCGUCUUCGACCGCAUCCAGCAGGACGCGCUCUUCGACACCUUCGCGGGGCUGCCCGAGGCCAUCGCCUCCAUGAAGGCCCGCAUCCGCCACGUCGCCACGAACGGCUGCCGGAUUAUGUACCACUAA